AUGUGCGGAAAAUGCCUUCACAUUUUCUCAUUUCGGAUAUCCAAUCAAUCAUCAACUGACCAUCUCGUUGAACAUUUACUAAAUUUCGAUGUGAACAAUCCAAUAGAUCUCGCUGUACUUCGUUCAGCGAUUUCAUCUUUGACUUCCACAUUCCUUCAGAUUAUUCCGCCAUUAAAACCGUCGGUAAAUGCCGAUCAGUCGAUUAUUGCUUCACUUGAGAAAUGUUUGACCGAUUUGCGAGAUUAUCUCGCCGUUCUUCAAAAUAAAUUAGCCACAAGUUUCGAAAACAGCAAAACGAUUAACAGUGCUCUUUGGGAACACUUACAAGUGUUCAAGAAAACAGAGGAAUCGCAUUCCAAAUGUUGGUUUUCGUGUAAGAAACUUCGAGCGACUAUGGAACAACAAUCAGCGCAUCUAUUUGCUCUACAAUUAAACGCUACUAAUGCAGAUACAGAAAUGAAAGAAUGGAAAGGAUUAAUUGGGAAUGUUGAUCAUCUUAUUCUUCGUCAUCAACAAAAUCUUCAUUUGAUCAAAGACAGAUUUCAGAAACAAACGCUUUUUGAGAACUUUUUUGUCAAUUUUCAAUCGAUGUUCGACUCUUUUAAUGCAACAUCAGAUAACCUAAUUGAUCAAUUAUUCAAUCUGAAACCGAUUAUUAAACAAAUGAAUAUUUUCUAUGUUGUUCUUAGACAAAAUUAUUCGAUUAUUCCAUUCUUAGAACCACUAAUUCUAAAUAAAGAUUUACAACGGUUGAAUGAAAAGAUCACUGAAAUGAAACUUUAUUUGGAACAUUUACAAACAAUUAUCACAUCGACAAUUGAAGAUCAAUCGACUUCGGAGGAUGAGUACGAUGAUUCUAAUCCCUCUGUGCCCGAUGACACAUCUGUCGAUACAACAACUAUUCAAUUAACCACAGAACAAGAAGUUGAUACAAAUUAUUCAUCUGAAGAAACUUCGACGAUGAUCCAAGGUGAAAAUAAUGAUGAUCAAAAGAUUUCACCACAGAAUUCAGCAGCAACAACAACUCAAGAUACAUUCUUUGAUGGACAAGGAUCUGCUUCUUAUGAUACAUCUCUUGAAACAUCGACGAUGGUCAAAGAUGAAUCUAGUUCGACAAUAAAUGAUGAUGAAUACGAUGAUAAGAAUUCAUUUGUGCCCGAAAACACAUCUAUUGAUACAACAACAACUCGUCUAUCGACAGAGAACGAAAUUGAUUCCAGUAGUUCGUCUUCUGCAACAUCGAUAUUAAUCUCGAAUGAAUACAACGACGAUGAUCAACAGAUUACACUAUCGGACACAACAACAGUAAUUCAAGACGAAUAUGAUUCGGAUGUUCCAGUUACUAUUCUGCAAACGAACGAAAAUGAACAUGAUAAUGAUAGUUCAUUUAUACUGGAAGACACAUCUAUCGAUACAACAACUAUUCAUCCCACAACAAAAGAAGAAGAAGAACCCGAUUCAAGUUAUUUAUUUCCUGAAACAUCGACGAUAGUUCAAGAUGAAUCAGAUUCAACAGUUACAGUGACCAUACCACCAACAGAGAUUGCCAUGUAUGAUGAAGAAUUAACAACGCCUGAUGUUAAACAUGAUCAAUAUCGUGUAAUCGAACGUUGUGAAGUUAUGACAAUAUCAAACGAUGAAAAUUCAACGAAAUUAAAUUGCACAUGGGUUCUUGUUCCGACAGAUGAAGAUGAACCAAUUCCAACAACUACUUCUCUGAUGACCACAGACACCACAACCAAAUCUAUCUCAAACAUCUUCAAUAAUGAAACUAUCGUAGCAGAAGUUGAGAAUUCAACUACAUCUUAUGAUGAAAAUAAUUUCGACGAAAAUAUCACUACAACUAUUUUACCUGAACAUUCCUCAUCGACUGAGAUUAUCAAAACAAAUUCCGAGGAAAAUAAAGAAGAAGAGUACAAAGAUUAUCCAAUCGAUGAAUCAACAACUGUUGAAAUUGAAACGACAAGUUCAACUUUCCGACCGUUUGAUCGGAAAUAUUUAUUCAAUAUAAUUCGUCCUGAAACCCUUACGAUUGUUCAGAAUGAAGCAAAUUCACAAAAUAAGGAUGCGGAUGAGCACAACGCCUUUUCAAAAACAAUUGAUGAAAAUGAAGAUGAAUAA